AUGCCUGAAACAAUAUUAAUGACAACAACCGAUCAACCAUUAACAACAACAACGACAAUGGAAGAUAUAGAUAUAAAUACUGAUGAAAGAAAUCAAUUAGAUGAUCCACCAUCAACUUCAAUACAACAUACAGAUGAUGUUCGAUUGAUAAAAGAUCAAACACAAAAAUCAUUAAUAUCUGUAUACGAUAAUAAUCCUCAACAACAUACAACGAAUAAUUCAUAUUCAUUAGUUGGUAUAAUUGGUCGAAAUAAACGUUCAGAAGCAUUUCGAAAACGUCUUUUAUUAUCUGGUUUUCCAAAACCAAUUUUAUGUGAUAUAAAUUCAAUGAAUGAAAUGAAUUCAACAAAUUAUGUAUCAUAUGAAAUAUUUUAUGAAUUGUCUCCAUCAAUUAUUCUUAUAACAGAUAAUUUAACAACAAAUUUCGAAGAUUUAUUUCCGCAAGAUAAACAACAAUUAGUCAUUGAUACACGAGAAAUAUUUUCGAACUAUUUUUCAAAAAAAUCUUAUGUUGCAUUACCAACUAUUCCAGGUUCAUAUCGAGCUUUUGGAAAUUUAUCAAAUUGGGAAAUUGAAAACGGUACACAACGUAUUGGAGUUGCUAUUGAACAAUAUUCACCAUUAAAUCUUAUUAAAUUUAUUAAUGAUUUAAAUUGUUUUACACAUGGAAUUUAUUUCCUUGAUAAAUAUUCAUAUAAUAAUGAACGAAUAAAAGUAUUUCGUAAUUGCUUAUUUCCAUUGAUAUCAACAAUAAUUAUAUUUACAUUAUAUUUUAUUCUAUCAAUGAUAGAAUGUAAUCAUGAAAUAUAUAAUGCAGUAUUAAUCUAUCGUCAAGCAAGUUCAAUAACAGCAUCAACAAGUAUAACAUUACUGGCCUUAUUAUUUCUAAUAAGACCAUUACUUGAAUUCAUUGAAUUUACUUAUUCAAAAACAUUCAAAAUACACAAUCUUGAUAAAAAUGUUAUACUAAAUUUACCAAUUAUUCAGCAUUGGCUUCAGUCAAGACGUUAUUUAGUAUGGUAUUCAUUAUCAUUUGCUUUACUACAUAUUAUAUUUCUUAUAUUUGCAAAAAUUGAUUUCGAUUCAAAAUUAUUAGUUAAUGGUUUCUUUUUUGGUAUAUUUACUUUAAUCUUAUUAAGUAUUCUAUCCUAUGUUCAUUUUCCAUGGAUAAGUGAACGUCUUUUAUGGAAUGAAUAUUAUCUGUUAACAUCUUAUCUCGGACCAUUUUGUUUAUUAAUUGCUUUUAUUCAUGUUGUUCUACAUUGGAAAUCAAAUUUAAAUUCAUCGAAUUUAACCUUUCUCUCAUUAAUACUAUCAUUACUUGUACUAACCUUACGUUUUCUUAUCUAUGGAAUUCUACAUCCAAUUAUUAAACUCAUUCAUUGGUUAGACAAUCGGCAAUUUCAUCAUAGAACAUCAACAAGAAAUACAUCACUAUUACUAUAA